AGGAGGCAAAAUAAUAUGGUUAGUAAUACAUUUACGUAAUAGAGCGUCUAUUUUAUCUAUACAGAUUGUUUUAUAGCGAACUAAAAAAACAGCUUAUCGAUGAUAAAUGAGUAAAUGACCAAACCGAGCCACCUAUACAAAUAAAACAUUCAUACGUGGACUUAAGUUACUCAUCUUUUGCAAUGCUCAUUCAUACUUCUUCUUAUCAUGUGCUGGUAAUAUCAAACUGUUAAUCAUUGUCCUAGUCAUGUGCUGGUAAUAUCAAACUGUUAAUCAUUGUCCUAGACUCCUAAUACAGCACAACGGCAGUACUACUGAAAGGAGUUCUCCAGUAGAGUCAAUCUAGCGACACCCUUACAGAACACUAUAAAAGUCCGCUCUUCGUAAGGCCUUGGCUAUUAUAUUCUUCUUAUUUGGCUAACUCGAACUAGUGAAUUUACCAUUCGAGCCUGGUCUUUGACAGGGAACCAUGUUUUCUUUUUCUUUUCGGAAAAUGAUAAAGAAACAAUAAUGGAUCAACCACCGCAAUGAUUACAUAAAGAACUGCAAGUUAGGUAGUCUCUUGCAUAGCAGUUGAGAAGAGAUAGGUAAUGAAGAGAAUUAAUAUAUAGUGGAUCGAGCUUUUCAAUCUCGCACAAUUUGCACCGGCCCAGAGUUCCUUUAAAGGAGCAGCAAUCCUCAUCCAGUGGAGUAGUGCAACAAUUGAUGGCCUCCGACUCCGAUCGCCUUCGUGCCCUUAAGGCCUUCGACAACACCAAGGCCAGCGUCAAGGGCCUCGUCGACACGGGCGUCACCACCAUCACCUCCAUCUUCCACCACCCCCUCCCCCUCCACCAUUUGCAUGCAGAUCAUGAGCACCACUUUACCAUCCCGGUCAUCAAUCUCGCGGCUGCCGUGGGUGCUACUACUACUACUACACCAUCCGAGCGAGCUGAGCUGGUCACCGCGGUGAAGGUGGCUGCGGAGAUGGUGGGCUUCUUCCAGGUGGUGAACCAUGGCGUGCCCAAGGCGGCCAUGUCAGAGAUGCUUGCAGCGUUGCGGGGCUUUCACGAGGAGCCGGCGAAGGCCAAGGCGCCCUACUACAGCCGGGACUCUCGCCGGCGCGUGAGGUACCAUAGCAACUUCGACCUGUUCCGGUCACCAGCGGCCAACUGGCACGACACCCUUUUCAUGGAGACAGCGCCGGAGUCGACACCGCCCGACGAGAUACCGCCCGCGUGCAGGACCAUAGCGCCCAAGUACAUGAGGUUGGUGCAGCAGCUGGGCCGCACCCUGCUCGAGCUGUUGUCGAAGGCACUGGGCCUCCGCCGUGAGCACCUGGAGGAGGACGCUGCGUGCCUGGAGGGGCUCGCUAGCCACUACUACCCAUCCUGCCCAGAGCCGCACCUGACGUUGGGCACUACCGCCCACUCCGACCCCUGCUUCCUGACCGUGGUCCUCCAGGACGCUGUGGGCGGCUUCCAGGUGCUCGUCGACGGACUACAGGAAGAUGACAAGAAGAUGUCGGAUGUCGUCUGGGUGGACGUGCCGGCAGUGGCAGGCGUGCUGGUGGUGAACGUCGGCGACUUCCUGCAGCUCGUCUCCAACAGCAAGUUCAGGAGCGUGGAGCACCGCAUGGUGGCCAAGAGUGUCAGGCCUCGCGUCUUCGUGGCCUGCUUCUUCCGGCGGCAGGGCGCGGCCACGUCCACAAGAGUGCUACAGCCAAUUGUCACCAACGGCGAGGCGCGGUACAGGAGCACCACCAUGGCGGAACUGGUCCGGCGCUACAGGGCCAAGGGCCUUGACAGCAACUCUCUGCUCCAGCACCUGAGGCUCUGAAUCCAUCCGA